GUUUAAUUGGAAGCAGUAGGUCUCAGAGCGCUGCUCCUUCAUCAGGUGAUUGAGGAGAAUAACCUACAGAGGCCAAGUACACCUCUAAAGCUUUCUUUUAUCCAGUUCACUUCGCCCGCCCUCAACAAUCAUUUACAAUCUCUUCGCCAUCAUGAAUGUUUCUUUGACUCCGCACACUACUGCAUUGAGCCCACAGAUCUUAAACCUUUUCGCGUCGUAGAUGUUCAUACACCGUUCUCUCCCCGUAACCGCCCCCUUGGUCUGCAUUCUGCUCCAUCUCCUUGCUGUUGUGCUGUGCUCGCUCCCGGGAUCCCGGUUGCUUUGUUGCCGCGAUGUGUACGUGCGGCGGUUUGGGAGGAUGAGCAGCGCCGGUCUCUCGGUGUCCUUCCUGGGGCUGGCGGUAGGCGGCAGUGUGCUGCAGCCUGUUCGGGGACGGCUUGCUCAAGGAGCGAGAACCUUUUGUGGAAAUCUCUCGGAAUUGUUUCGUGCGCUGUUUUCCUUCUGCCCUGCUGUUUCGGAUUCGUGGAUCGAAUAUUUUAUAUAAAUUGCUGCGCCGUUUUAUUUGUGAACAUUUGUUGUGUUGCAUUGUUUUCCUUUGAUUGGUUUACAGGCGCAAGAGCGGAAGCAAAUCCUUGAAUUAUGAUUAACUAUUACAUUCAUUAACCAUUGGAUACAAGUUCACGGAGCGGAUUCAUAUUCUACUAACAGACGAAGGGUGGCUGGAGUCGGCAGAACAAGUAAAAAUCUCCAUGAAGAAAUACGGAAAAUGCUGCUUUUCUUGAUAUUGCUGGUGUUAUUGUCUUUAAGGAAAAGUUCUGAAUUCCCGCAUUCACUUCGGAUGGCUGCAAUUCUAGAUGAUCCAAUGGAGUGCAGUAGAGGUGAAAGACUUGCCAUUACUCUUGCGAAAAACCACAUCAACCGCAUGGUGGAACAAUCUGAAAAGGCAAGGCUAGAUGUUGACCUGUUUGAGCUACUGCGAGACAGUGAAUAUGAAACAGCAGAAACUACUUGUCAGAUUCUGCCAAAGGGGGUUGUAGCCAUCUUGGGCCCUUCUUCAAGCCCAGCAUCUGCCUCUAUUAUCAGCCAUAUUUGCGGAGAGAAAGAGAUUCCUCACGUGAAAGUAGCUGCUGAAGAAAUUCCUAAAUUGCAGUAUUUGAGAUUCACUGCAUUAAAUCUGCACCCAAGUAACAUGGACAUCAGCUUGGCUAUUGCUAGCAUCUUGAACUUCUUCAACAGAACAAUGGCAUGUCUGAUCUGUGCCAAAGCUGAAUGCCUCUUGAAUUUGGAGAAGCUAUUACGCCAGUUUCUUAUUUCCAAGGACACUUUGUCAGUCCGAAUGUUGGACCAAAGUCAGGAUUCAACACCUGUGUUGAAGGAAAUUCGAGAUGAUAAAAUUGCAACAAUAAUUAUUGAUGCCAGUACUUCAGUGUCACAAUCCAUCCUUCGCAAGGCCAUGGAGUUAGGAAUGACAUCUGACCACUAUCAUUACAUCUUUACAUCUCUGGAGUUUCCCCUUCUUCAUUUUGAUGGAUUUGAAGAAGAUUACGUGAAUAUAUUGGGAUUUUCCAUCACCAACCCAGAUCAUCCACAGUAUAAUGACUUUGUCCACAGUCUGAACAAAUCCUGGCAAGAAAACUGUGCACAUGUAACUUAUCCUGGAGCAGCACUUUCUUCUGCCCUCUUGUUUGAUGCUGUCUACGUCAUUGUCACUGCUGUCCAUGAACUUAACCGGAGUCAGGAAAUUGCUGUUAAAUCCUUGUCCUGUGGCUCAGCACAGAUUUGGCAACAUGGAACCAGCCUGAUGAACUAUCUGAGAAUGGUGGAAUUAGAAGGUCUAACUGGUCAUAUUGAAUUCAACAGCAAAGGUCAAAGAACUAAUUACAUUCUGAAGAUUAUGCGACGCAGUAGAGAUGCACUGAAUCAGGUUGGAAUCUGGCACUCAGAGAAUGGGCUAGUGAUGGACAAAAAAAAUUACUUUUUAAAUGCUUCAGAGAGUUUGUUCAAUAAGACUUUAAUAGUGACAACAAUCUUGGAAAAUCCUUAUGUGAUGCUAAAACCAAACUACCAGGAAUUGGAAGGAAAUGAUCGUUAUGAGGGGUUCUGUGUGGAUAUGCUGAAGGAGCUGUCAGAUAUCCUGAAAUUUUAUUACAAAAUCCAACUAGUAGCUGAUGGUGUAUAUGGUGUUGCAGAGUCCAAUGGCACAUGGACUGGGAUGGUUGGUGAGCUUAUUUCAAGGAAAGCUGACCUGGCUGUAGCAGGUUUAACCAUCACAGCAGAACGUGAGAAGGUCAUCGAUUUCUCCAAGCCAUUUAUGACUUUAGGAAUUAGUAUCUUGUACCGAGUUCAGAUGGGUAGGAAGCCUGGUUAUUUUUCCUUCCUGGACCCUUUCUCUCCUGGUGUUUGGCUCUUCAUGGUGCUUGCCUAUCUUGCAGUCAGUUGUGUUCUCUUCCUUGUAGCCAGACUGUCUCCUUAUGAGUGGUAUAACCCGCAACCUUGCUUUAGAGGAAAAUGUAAAGUGUUGGUCAAUCAAUACUCUCUAGGAAACAGCCUGUGGUUCCCAGUGGGUGGCUUCAUGCAGCAAGGAUCAGAGAUCAUGCCUCGAGCACUCUCCACACGCUGUGUUAGUGGAGUAUGGUGGGCUUUCACACUGAUUAUCAUAUCAUCUUACACAGCCAACCUGGCUGCCUUUCUCACUGUACAGAGAAUGGAUGUACCCAUAGAAUCAGUUGAUGACCUUGCUGACCAGACAAACAUUGAAUAUGGGACAAUUCAAAGAGGUUCAAGCAUGACUUUCUUCCAGAACUCUCGAUACCAGACCUACCAGAGAAUGUGGAAUUAUAUGCAUUCUAAACAGCCAAGUGUCUUUGUGAAAAGCACAGAAGAAGGAAUUUCUCGAGUUUUGAACUCCAAUUACGCAUUCUUAUUAGAAUCUACCAUGAAUGAAUACCAUAGACAACGUAAUUGCAACCUUACACAGAUCGGUGGUCUCCUGGAUACCAAAGGAUAUGGUAUAGGUUUACCACUCGCUUCACGUUUUCGCAAUGAAUUUGAUUUGGCCAUUCUCCAACUUCAGGAAAAUAAUCAACUGGAAAUGUUAAAACGUAAAUGGUGGGAGGGAGGAAAGUGCCCAAAGGAAGGAGAACACAGGGCAAAAGGUCUAGGAAUGGAAAACAUUGGUGGAAUUUUUGUGGUUCUAAUCUGUGGCCUGAUUGUUGCUGUUGUCAUGGCAGUGAUUGAAUUUACAUGGACAAUGAGGCAUUCCACAGAAACAGAGCCACAAUUAAGAUUUACCAAAAAAUUCAAAUUUCAAAACCAGCCCGCUGCCGAAUCUUCUCUUGGUAUCUUCCUCUGCAGAUUUGCUCUCCAGAUUUCUGUUUGCCAGGAGAUGCUGAAAGAGUUACGGAGUAUUGUGUCUUGCCAAGAAAGCUUACCGUCUCGGCGGAAACGCUAUAUGAUACGGAGCCAUUCAAAUCACAGUGAAAUUCCACGGGAUGGGAAUACCAUGAGCCUGAGCAAUGGGAAACUGUGUGGUGGCAGAGUACCGGAACCUAUCUCUCAGAGACUGGCACAUGAAGCUGCCUUAGCAGUCAGAGGUUGCACCCACAUUCGUGUCUGUCCAGAAUGCCGCCGAUUUCAGGGUUUGAGACCCCAGCCAAUGGGGACAUCAAUACAAAGUGAAGAAUGUCUAGAGUGGGAAAGGGAGAUAAACAACAGCAGUGACACAGAGCAAUAAAAUAUUAGUUUUUAACAAAGAGCAUUGAUUCAAAGGGCAAUUUGUUCAUGGUGGUGAGCUUUGUCCUUUGCAGGAAGGGGUAAUAUCCUUCUUUGGGGAAAGUGAAGUACAAAACCUGGAUAACUGGUUCUGAAGUAAUCAUGACUUUCUUUUACGAAGAGACAAUAAUGACGUACAAAUGGAACUUCUCUGUCCAAUCAAGGCAAUGACAGAAUUCCUUCACUAAUUUCUGGUAUAAAAACAAAGUCUGUUUCCAUUCUUGGAGUAGCAAGGUCUCAAACCACAAACUAUGCAUUUCGACAAACCUAUCCUUGGACCUGGGGUAAGUUAGUUCAGUUGCCUGGACAGCUGGUUCACAGAGUGAUGCCACCAGCAUGGGUUCAAUUUUUGCACCAAUUGAUGUUACUGUGAAGAAUUUUCCUUUUCAACCUCUCCCCUUGCCUGAGGCAUGGUUACCCUUAGGUUAAACCACCAUCAGUUAUCUCUCUCUAAUCAAAGAAUGGGACAAUGGUGACUUUACCUUUACCUUGGGCCUACAGAAUUGGACUAUGUUGAAAACAAACCAUUGAGUUACUGAACACAGCAAUUAAUAAAGAUUUCUACAGUGGCAUACAACUUCCUUUGUGUGAUAUCCCUUUUACCACAAAGUCAGGAUGAUUAGCUGAAUCAAUAUUGCAUAAGUGAGGUGACACACUUUGACACCAUCCUAUAUGGUAGAAAAUGGACUAAUACAACUCUAUAUUGAAAAUUUAUGAAUGACUAUGCAAUUCGUGUGUUAUAAAGUUGUGUACAUUAAAUUUUAAUUAAGGAUCUGCAUUUCCUUUCUUUGCCUUUUGAAAAAAUACCUGUCACGUGUUUUCACAUUUUAGUCAGUGAAAUAUGCACCUAAAGAC